AUGCACCUCGCCACACUCCUUACACUCCCCCUGUUGGCGGCCGCUAUCCCCGCUCCCCAGGCGCCGGCUGGCGACGCCCAGGCUGUUUUCGGCAUCGAGAACAACAACAACGCCGUGUCGUCCGACCUCAACAUCGACCUGAACGAGCUGCGCCUCGUCAAGUUCUCCGAGGAUGAGCCUCCCAAGUGGAUCACCGAGCUCGAGAAGAUUGAGGCUCGCGCUCGUGGCCGCAAGUUCAUGGACAUCACCGACACUCCCACCCUCGGCCUGACCUCUUUCCUCAACGAGGACAAGUACGAGUACCCGAAGCCGGGCAAGUACAAGAAGGACAUCAAGGCUCUCUACAAGAACCUUUCCGAGGACCACAUGAAGCAAUUCCUGUCCAAGUUCACCAGCUUCCGCACUCGCUACUACAAGUCUCAGACUGGAAAGGAGUCGCAGAAGUUCCUCCUGUCGACUAUUAAGGAGAUCGCCAGGGACGAGAAGGAAAUCGACAUUUCCGAGUUCGAACACCCGUGGGGACAGAACUCCAUCAUCGUCCGCUUCCCUCACACCGGCAAGAAGGAUGCUCCUCGCGUCGUCGUCGGUUCACAUCUCGAUUCAACUAAUAUGUGGCCCUUCCUCCCUGCACCAGGUGCUGAUGACGACGGUUCUGGGACGACUUCAUCGCUGGAGGCGUUCCGCGCGCUCGUCCACGGCAACUUCACUCCUUCCGGUCCCGUGGAGUUCCACUGGUACUCCGCUGAGGAGGGUGGUCUUCUGGGCUCGCAGGCUGUUGCUAAGUCCUACGAGGACAAGGGAGUCAAGGUCAAGGCCAUGCUUCAGAUGGACAUGACUGCCUGGGUCAAGACUGGCACUGAGGAGCACGUGGGCCUGGUUCACGACUUUGUCUCUGCCUCUCUUACCAAGUUUGUCUGGAAGACUGCUGAGACUUACCUCGACAUCGGCGUCCGCGAGACCAAGUGUGGCUACGCCUGUUCCGACCACGCUUCGUUCACCAAGGCAGGCUACCCCUCUGCCUUUGCCAUUGAGUCCGAGUUUGACCUGACCAACCACAACAUCCACUCGACGUCGGACACGAUCGACCACCCCGAGUUCUCGUUCAGCCACAUGAAGGAGUUCUCCAAGCUCGCCAUCGCCUUCGCUUACGAGCUCGGCGCCUGA